UUGGUGGUCUCCAUCGCUGAUUUCUGGUUACCUGAAGGCGCUGCGGCAGCCGUUUAAACCCCAACCCUGGACCCUUCUAUGCAUCAGACGACCCUGAUCCGGGUACCUCGGACCUUGGGGCUCAGGAGGAUUGAUUCAGGACUCGGCCGAAAUUGCUAUGGGCCCUUCCGAUCGCCGCGUCUGUUUCCCAGGACUGAACUGCCUGAUGACAGCAGCGAGGAGUCUUUGAAAGCUGACAUUCAGAAACUGAAGGAGAAACAGGACAUGCUGGACAAGGAGAUUUCCCAGUUAGUAAAAGAAGGCUACUGUGUGAUUGAACUAGAGGACCAUAUCGCUCUUCUCCAUGAGUACAGUGACAUCAAGGAUGUCGCACAGAUGCUUCUGGGAAAGCUGGCUCUGACCCGCAGUGUCACCACCAAGGAGUUAUAUCCAGAUUUUGAUCUAGAACUGAGUGACUGAGGAGAGUCUUGCAGAUGUUUGUCUACAGCCCACAGGGACAAGUGGAUGGAGACAUGAAAAACAGUCCUGACAGUACAUUCAUAUGGUUUCCAGAUAAAAAAUGCUAGAAGCCCAAAAUUUUCUAACGGGCCCAAACUAAGUUUAGGGUGGGGCUUAGAGAAGAAGGGUGUUGGGAGGGG